AUGCUCGGCUUUUCAAAAAUCAAAAUAAAAGCGAUCAGUUUAGUUUUGAGCAGGUCAGACUUCAUUAGCUGAGAAGUCGUGAUUGCUUCUCUACUCGACACUCGCAUUGAUCGUCUGUCCAGUGCUGUCGACCGUAUUUUUUUCUGAUUGUUUACUUCUAUCUCGAAGUAUUGUUUUGUGUACAGAAUCCCUAAGUAAGUGGGGACUGGAAAAGUACGAUAUUCUAUCAUCAGUAGUUGGUUGAAAUUGGACCAUUGACAAGCAGAAAUGGGAGCGGAACACAGCAAGAAUCCUGAGGCAGUGGAAGCUAUUGCCUUGCUAUCCGAGCAUGAACGACAUGAUUUAUCUACUGCCUUUCGUCAGCUGGUAUCCCCUGAUGGCAAGUCGGAACCCGAUGCGCAUGCCAACUUUGACGUGAUCUCUUUUCAAGCCUUCUCAAGGAAGGUGCUGGCUGAAGACAUGUCAAAGAGGUUCCACCAGGCAAUGAGUGAGAAGUCUGCUCUGGUUGACAGAGACCUUGUAGAUCGCGAUGCGUUUACCAUCAGCGUGGCCAACAUCACCAAAGGCAACUUGGAGAAGAAGUGCCACUAUUACGUGCGCCUUGCGGCCGACUAUCGCAAAGGCGUCUCGCCUACUCCAUCAGCACCUCACCUGCACCAUCUCGUCUGUGGCCUGAUCACUGCGGCACUGAACAGCCGCGCGCUCAACCCCCGUGUGAAUGUAUGGGGAGGUGCUACGAGUGAAGCCAAUGCCAAGCUCGCGCGUACAAUGCUGGACGAGAUGAUCUUUGCAAAGCACCCGAGCGGCGAGCGAAAGUCGGCCGUAUCCUUCUACGAAGACCCUAUCCCCGAUGACGUGGUAUUUUCCGAAGCUGACUUGGAGAAGUGGCUGCUGGAGAAUGCAUUGAUGCCGCGCCUGUUUGAUCAUGUGUUUCGGAGUAUGUUCUUUGCUGCCUCGGACCUUGCUGAGACAGUACCUGACGGUGGCCUGGAGUUGCCAUUGUUGCCCGUGCUGGAUGGAUCAGGUGGCGAGGAAAGCUUGCUAGACCCAACGGCCGUUCUAUACCUGAACAACUGCUUGCCAAUGGACUGCCGUCAGAACUGGCGACAGGUGUUUGACACCAAGCAGCAUGGCCAGAGCUUUGCCACCAUGCUGCAGAAACUCGAGAAGGUCGGCGGUCCAAGCCUGCUGGUGGUGCGAGACUCGGAUGGCUACGUGUUCGGUGGCUUUGCCAGCGUGCCGUGGACGAUUUCGUCGCAAUACCAGGGUGACAACAGCUGCUUCCUGUUCUCGCUGAGCCGAGGCAUGGGCAUCUUCAACGCCGGCGAGUACAACGAUCACUUCAUGUAUCUGAACCAUGAGAUGGAGACCUUACCCAACGGUCUAGCAAUGGGUGGACAGCCGGGCUACUAUGGCCUGUUCUUGGCUGCCGAUUUUGGGAGUGGACACAGCCACGCUGAGCCCACUUGCACCACGUACAACUCCCCGCAGCUGUCCAAGGAGAAGGAGUUUGUGGUGUCGCGCGUGGAGGUAUGGGCCGUUGGUCAGGCACAGGAGAGGAAAGGAACGGCACACGGCAGUGUCCUAGACAAGAAUCUCGAACUUCAAGCCAUGAUGGAGAUGGUCGGCAAGCCGAUGUCGGGUGUUUACGAACCCGUCGAGGACCCCAACGAAGAGCAGUAGGUACACUUGAUGUCGUAUUCUCAUCCCAGCAGCAGCGGCAGUUGUUUGCCACUCGUUGCUUUUACCGCAUUUUGAUAACAAACACGAACCCCAAGGACCUUGCAGACAUAAUUUUCUUCCUUUUGCUCUAUUUCAUGUUUCAUGGAGCAUUUCUUUUGGUAUUUUUGUGAAUAGGCUAUUGCUGUGGCACACACACACUUUCUUUGUGUAUUUUAGCUGUACUUUUGGUAAUGUGUCAAACCCUGUAUGACUUAUGAAUCUCUCUUUCAUACACAUCCUAUGUAGCAUUGCUAGUCUGUAAUUAGCUCUCUUUAGUUGCCAUGAGCAAGUUGUAGUAGUCAUGGCUGGUUUGUUGUGCAGGUUGCAGCUACCGGUCUCCACCUCAUCUACUUCUAGAAGCCUGAUAGAGCACAGCCUACUUGUGACUGUCAUGUUCUUAUUUUUCCCACGUGUACUGAAUUCAGCACGAAACUCGAAGGCCAGCACAUUGCUCUUGUCAAUUGAAUAUUAUGUGUGCAUACACUCUUCGAAUUAAUUGCCACUUUACUCCAUACACGGCUUACACUUUCUCUAGCCUUCAUACCGAAUUUUAGCACUUUACUUGGACCCAUGUGCCUCUAUAUCCAUGUCCAUUGUGAUAUUUCUGAAAGUUACCCUAAGUCCUUUAUUUUUCUUUCUCACAUGUCUACAUCUACUUUGUUUCAAUGUCCAGCAUAAGCGAACGUGUGGAUCAAGCAUAACUGCUUGGUUGACGCUGCCGCGGGAAUGCGUAUAAUAAUAAUAAUAACAUGUCUGCCUCUUC